CCUUAAUACGGAGAGCCCUCCGCUGUCCAGGGCCUGUCACUGUGACUACAUUUGGAGCGACUGUCCAUAGUCCAGUGGUUGAGGGACCGCCGGGCUGAGGACGAGCAGCGGCACCGCUCACGUCCACUUCUCAUGCACGGUUUGUGGAAAUGAGGAGCAAAGCUGCCAAUGUAGCACUGAAGGCCUGGAUCCAGAGAGGAGCUGAGCUGCUGAGGUGUUGAGUUUCAGUGCAAGGGGAGAUUCCUGCGUGGCACUGCAGGCUGGCACAGGUCAUCUUACAUGGUCUCAAGCAUGAGAGAAGAGAGUCUUAAAUGAAGACGCACUUUUAGCAACAAAAAGGAAUAACCUCCCUCUCACUGAUUGGUUUGCAGCCUCCGGUUGGUUGACCAAAUGAGAACAGAAAAGACAGAGGUGUUUGGAUCUGAUGGAAACUGAAUUUUACUGUCAAGACCGAACAACUCAUCUGCUUCCCAUUACCGACUCCUUUUAAGGAACAUGGAUGCCAUGGAGAGCCCAGUCCUCGAGUCCAGAUCAGAGCGGAUUGCUCGCUAUAAGGCCGAGAGGAGGCGAGAACUGGCGGAGCGAUAUGGAAAUAUGGAUGAACUGCCUUCAAAAUGGGUGAAGAGGGACGGGAAGGAGGCGCAGGACCCGAGAGUGCAAGCUCACAGUGGGACUAUGAACUCAGACGGCCUCAGAGUUAACGGCAGGACACGAGGGGUUACGAAUGGAUUGGAGGCUCCUGCGGAAUGCAACUACUUAGAAAGGCAGGGUUCCCAGGGCUCUGCCAGCAUGCUGAGCGGGGAGGGGCACCUCCUCCCUGGUGGACCCGAUGUCACACAGCUCCACACUCGGGUUUCGGUAGGCCAGUUGAGAAGUGCCCUCCUGCAGCAGACGGGGAGCGGAGAACCGCCUGAGAAAGUCUGCCCUGAUCCUGGGCGAGCCACGUCCUCUCUGGACCUGGCUGUGAACCCAGGCUCUGAGGGCGGCCGACGACGCACCCGCCGUUACCUGCCUGGUGGGCCUGAGGGUGGUCGCAAGAACAGCGACCGCUUCAGGACGCAGCCAAUCACAGCCAAUGAGAUGGAGGCGAGCAGCGGGCUGGUGGAUGCACAGGAGGAGGAGAACUGUAAAGUGGACGUGAAAACAGAUGACAGAGCCAAAAUGAGUGUCGCAGCCAAGAUGUCUUUGUUUAAAGAGCUGGAGAAGUCUGCAGCCCCCGAGGCCUCGGCCUUCCUGAAGCCUCGGUCAGGCGGCGUCUGUCACGAGCGCAGGGGGCGGCGAGGCAACGACCACCGCUUCCUCACUCAGCCAAUCACCUGUGAGGAAAUGGUGGCUAUCAGCUGCAGGUCAUGUUGUUCCCACUUCAGCGCCCCUAAACCAGCUCUUCCAGUGGAGUCCCAGUGUGAGCAGGUGGAGUCGGUGGACGAAGUCGAUGAAAGCUGCAGGCUGAGCAUGAGCGAGAAACUGGCCCUCUUUAAUAAUCUGUCUGUGCCGGGGAAGAAAGGGACCAGUCACACCGACGGGCCACCAGAGAGGCGAAGACAGAAGGGGGCCCGGUAUCGCACGCAGCCCAUUACUGUGGAGGAGGUCAACCUGCUUCAGAAAGGACCUGUACAGCUUCCUGCCUUCCCUUUGUCCUCUCAUCUGUCCGACAGACAGCAGGCCUCGUCUGUCAACCUAAAACCCAGUGAGGUUCGUCUUUCUCAGCCCAGGCCUGACACGGAGUCCGGUCCUGGCUCUCAGGGUCACAACUCUGAACCUGGCUUAAGAGGAAUCCUGAAGAAGAGUCGCACUGAGCGCUCGUCAUGGAGCGGGACGGAGGGCGGUCACGCUGAUGUGCCGCACAGCCAUGAGAAGAACGGCGGAGGUUGUGGGGAAGAAGCAGUGAUACACGGGAGGAUGGAGGCAACGGAGAGGCGUCGAGAGAGAGGUGUGGAGGGGGGGGCCUCGCUGGCAGCUCCUCCCUGGAGGCAGAGAACUCGAAACAGGAGGGAAACCAUCGCCUGUACGCCAGUAAGAGCCUCGUCAGAGCAGGAUGCUCUUCAGGAGGAGAGAAAAGCACGGGAGCAGUUGGUCUCCUCUGUGGACUGCAGUUCAGACGUGAAGAGGAAAGUCCUAAUCGAUGAGGAAACCACAGCCAUGGGACACGUGCAGGUCUCUUCUGAACUGCAGGAGAUGACCAACAGCAGCAGUGGGAAGGAAGACACUGAAAACCUUUAUUGUGACGGAAUCAACCCUCAGUGUUGGGAACCCGUCUUUGCCUCAGUCUUUUCUAGCUCGACACCCCAGUAUAUCAUGUGUUUCAAUCAGACAAAUUUGUCUUUCGAGGCACAAGAAGUCUCCUCCCCCACCAAGAACCCGACUCAGCCUCAGUGGAGACAAAAGGUGGACAAAGCUGAGGAGGUGAACGCACAGCAGGAAAGAGGAGAGGAGGAAACUGGACAUGUGAUGGAGAGAGGUCUCAGAUCUCCAGAACUGGACGCGAAUGUGACGUCUCCUAACGAGAAGCACUCAGUUGAAGCUCAGACAUGUUCACACCAAGAGAUGUCAGUGCAGUCUGUGAUGGAAUUUGAAGCUCCAUCGCAGGUGCAGGACGUGAAGGACGAGACGCCUGCGUGUGAAUCCAGCACGACGUUUAACGGCGGUUUCUAUAGCGAUCAGCCGCCUCCAUCAGCCUGUGCCUUCCCGCCCUGUGGGGACGGUGCAGCUACAGAGAGCGAGCAGGACCUGGGUGUCUUCUGCCAGACCAACACACCCAUACUGACGUCAGCAGUAGCAGAACACAGGAGGUCGGUGCGUCCGUCCCGUCGUACUCAGGGUUCCAGAAAUCCUCUGAGGGCGCUCGCUGCCAGAAACGACAUCAGGCAGGACUUCAUGGCAGACAGAGCUGCUGAGGAGAGAGCACAAGCUGAGAAGAAGUGUAAGAACUCCUCUGCAGCCACAUCAGAAAACUGCCUCCUCUCCUCAGAUGCAGCUCAGAUGUCUCACCCUCCCUUCAGCAGCCUGAUGCUCAUUCAUAUCAAAGGACGGUGGCAUGUGCAGGCUCGUCUGGUGGAGCCCUCGGUGCGCUCACUGAACAGUGGAGACUGCUUCCUGUUGGUCACUCCAGAGCACUGCGUGAUGUGGAGCGGAGAGUUUGCCAGCGAGCAAGAGAAAGCCAAGGGUUUGGAGCUGGCGUCGUUCAUCCAGAGCCACAACGAUCUCGGCUGUCACGCCUCGCAGGUCGUUCAUCUGGAGGAGGGUCUGAACUCUGACGGCAGUGCGGCUGCAGAAUUCUGGAACCUCCUGGGAGGAAGGACACAGUACAGAGGAGCUGGUGCACCAGAGGAGGAUGAGCUGUAUGAGCGCGGUAUGGCAGAGUCCAACUGUGUGUACAGGCUGGUGGAGAACAGGCUGGUGCCUCAUGAACAAGCCUGGGCCUCCAUCCCCACCGUCUCCCUGCUGGGCUCCACGGAGGCCCUGGUGUUUGAUUUCGGCAGUGAGGUGUACCUGUGGCACGGACAGGAUGUUCCCUGCAGCAGCAGAAACGUCGCUCUCCAGCUGACUCACCAGGUGUGGGCCGGCGCUUACGACUACAGCAACUGUCGAGUCAACCCACUGGAUCCCACACAGUGUAACCCCGGCAUACAGCUGAGAGGCGAGGGUCGUCCCAGCUGGGCGCUGUUCAGUGUCCUCACAGAGGACAAUGAGACGGCUCUGUUCAGAGAGAAGUUCAAAGACUGGACGGACAGACGCACAGGCAGGACGGGAGCUGCUUCAGUGGACAACGAUACACAGUCUGUCCCAGCUCCAGCUCAGUCCGUCUCCCCAGCGUCAGACCUGCUCUCUCCCUGUGACGCUAAGGCCCUGGUGUCGGGUCAGUCGCUGAAAGGAGACGGCCUGGUCCAUAAUGUGCUGGGCGGGAUCGACGUCCACAGAGGGUACGCCGUCCUCACGCUGGAGGGUGGACCUCGGAUGGAGCUGGGAACGGUAGCGGUGGACACCUGGCACGUGCAGGAGUUUGACGACAGUGAAAUUCCCGUGGCGAGCACGGGACAACUUCACGAGGGAGACGCCUACGUCGUCCGCUGGACGUACAGCGUCAGUGCUGCCGACGAGAUGAACGGUUCAGAUGAAUGUAGCUCAGGUCCAACGCAAAAAGAAAACACCGCCUUCUUCCUGUGGCGCGGUCGUCAUUCCAGCGCCAGUGGACGUGACACCGCUGCUUUCCUGUCGAUUGGUAUGAACAACCUGGAAGAGUCGCAGGUGCUUGUACCUCAGGGGAAGGAGCCUCCUUGUUUCCUGCAGCUUUUCCAGGGAGGCCUGGUCAUUCAUAGGGGCAAACGCGAGGAAGACUCCACUAAUGCAGCGUGGCGUCUGUUCUGUGUGCGAGGGGAGCUGCCAGAGGAAGGAUCGCUGUUAGAGGUGGACUGCUGCUGUGCAGGCCUGCGCUCCAGGGGCUCUGUUGUACUGCUGAACAGCCAGCAGGGGGUGCUGUACCUCUGGACUGGUUGUAAAGCCCAGGCAAGCACCAGAGAGGUCAGCAAGAGGGCAGUGGAGCGCAUCUCGCAACUGUGUCCACCGGAGCUGGGACUCAGUAAAAGCUGUCCUGUGAAAGUGGAGGCGAUAGAGGAGGGUUCAGAGCCGCCAGACUUCUGGACAGCACUGGGACAGAUGGACAGGAAGGCCUAUGACUGCAUGCUGCAAGAUCCAGGGAAGUAUAACUUCACUCCUCGUCUCUUCCAUCUGAGCGCCGCCUCUGGGAGAUUUCAGGGGGAAGAGCUGCAGAGUCCAUGUCGGCUGCCGGGGCUUGUGACGGCAAUGCCGUUUGUCCAGGAGAGUCUGUACUCUGUCCCACAGCCAGCCUUGUUCUUACUUGACAACCGUCUGGAGGUCUACCUGUGGCAGCGGGGUCAGCCUGAGCAGACUCAGAGCUCAGCGUUGGCCUGGAGCCGCUGGAACAGUGAGAGGAAGUGUGCCAUGCAGACGGCGCUGCAGUACUGCAAAGAGAUGAACCCGAGACGUCCACCUCAGGCUUAUCUCAUCUUUGAGGGUUCUGAACCGCUCACCUUCACCAACGUCUUCCCUCACUGGGAGAGAAACCUGGGACCUCACACACAGGGCGACACAGACAGAGGAAAGCUGACCUUGGUGCAGGACGCCCUGGCCCAGCUCAUGAGGACCCAGUACCCUCUGGAGGAGCUGCUGCAGAACCCUUUACCUGAAGGAGUGGACCCACAGCAGCUGGACAUCUAUCUGUCUGACCAGGACUUCCAGACUGUUUUGGAAAUGAAGAGAGAUGAAGACACGCCUCCAUUCUGAGCUGGAAGCUAAUUGAUCCGAGGAAAAGCAAAGGGUUGCUUUGCAUGUGGAGGCAGACUGAUGAGGACAACGCUGCUGCUGCUGCUGCGGCGGCCGACACUUACUCUUCCAGAGGAGAAGGAGACAAAAGGGUUUUUAUCACCGUGUUGUUGCACAAAAGGACUAAUCACAACAUAAUGAAAACAAGAAGGAAAAAAAAAAUCCACUUUUAUUUAUGUCAGAUUAGUAUGAUGUGUGGACUUUUUAUCAGACAUGGAUUUCUCUGUAGCUUUUGUCCAGAGCUAAAGCAAAAAAACACAUUUUCCUAUGAAACUUCAUUGUGUCUGUACAAAAUCAGUGAGCGAAGAAAAAGACAAAAACAGUGCGUGGGAGUCAAAGGUCAUCAGUAACAAACUGUGGAAUAAGGAUGAGAAAACAGGGGAGUGCUUAUAAAAAUAUCAGUGCUAAUAAUAAACAAAGUAAACAAGAGAAAACUAAAAAUAAAAGGCUUACCACUUUCA